UAUUGCUUAGUUUUUUUCUCUUUGAUAUAAAAAAUACACAAAAAAUUAAAAAAAAAGCAACUAUAAGAAGAAUACCCUUAAAAGUGAGUGAGGAGAGAUCUACAAUCUCUUUUUUUCGGUCAAACUUCAACUUUAACCCUCGUUCCAAUAUCGUUGUUCUCGUCAUUCGCCUCCAUUUAUCGUGUUUUCGGGUUUAACUUUAACAAAUAUAAAAGCAAGGCAUAAACAAUAGCAGCAAUCGCUAAACAAACCAGUCUCCAAUUUGCUAGUCCUUAUCAGCAUUUCUCUUUGUUUCCUAAUAUAUCUGAUCAAUCAAUUCAUCAUGAAUACGCAAUCGAAGGUUUACCGCACCGGCGAAGAGAUCUACGACAACUUGCCAUGCGAUGGUAGUUAUUUUAACAUGAAUGCCAUUCGCAACCUCGGAAUCCCCACUACUUUUCCUACAAUCGGAACUUUUACGCUUGACUCCACCACAUUGGGAUUGCAGCCGCAGGGCCAGCAGCAGCAGCAGCAGCAGAGCAUGCAUCAUCAUCAACAGCAGCAGCAGCAGCAGCAUCAACAGCAGCAACACCAGCAACAUCAGCAGCAUCAGCAUAUGCAGCAGCAGCAGCAGCAGCAGCAACAUCAACAGCAGCAACAUCAUCAGCAACAGCAGCAGCAGCAGCAACAACAACAACAGCAUCCCACCAUUGGGAUGUUUGAUGCCAACGAGGUGAACGAUGUGAUCCAGAAUCCGCCUCAGAUCGGCGUUUUCCAAUCCAAUAGCGUGCUGACCAACGGGGCUGGAAGCUCUUCCUCUAUCUUUGGCUCCCAGUCAAGCAACUCUUCGGCUGCCGCUGCCACGGAUCCCAGUCAGGCUACCCGGGAAACUGGCAUUAUUGAGAAGUUGCUGCACUCCUAUGGGUUCAUUCAGUGCUGCGAGCGACAAGCGCGUCUCUUCUUUCACUUCUCACAAUUCAGCGGAAAUAUUGAUCAUCUAAAGAUUGGGGAUCCCGUGGAGUUUGAAAUGACAUAUGAUCGCCGUACCGGCAAGCCGAUAGCUAGUCAAGUGUCCAAGAUUGCCCCAGAGGUUGUACUAUCCGAGGAGCGGGUCACCGGCACUGUGACCACCGAGCUGCGCACGGAUAGCGCUAACAAUGUGCUUAGCUCCAGCGAGACCACCGGUCGGAUUAGCUAUGAGAAUCGAGGCGAAUGCUUCUUUUUACCCUAUACCAAAGACGAUGUCGAGGGCAAUGUUAACUUGCGGGCUGGCGACAAGGUCAGCUUUCAAAUCGCAACGAACCAAAGAGGUAACCUGGGCGCCUGCCAUAUUCGCCUGGAAAACCCAGCCCAGCCGGUCAAGUAUCGUGGUGUUGUUUGCUCAAUGAAGGAAUCUUUUGGCUUUAUUGAACGCGCCGAUGUGGUGAAAGAGAUCUUUUUCCACUUCUCAGAGGCUGAGGGGAAUGUGGAACUGCGUCCCGGUGACGAUGUAGAGUUCACCAUCCAGACACGAAGUGUAAGUGGCAGUGGCGAUCCAGCCAAUCCGCAUCUCCUUCAAUCGAAAAUGCAGUCACCGUCGGUGCCGCCGCAGGGCCGUGAAUUUGCGUGCAACAUCACGCGCCUAGCACCGGGAUCGGUGAUUUUUGAGGACGUGGAUAGCACUGUGUACAAGGGUCAGGUGCUCAAGUCGUUGGAUCGCAACAAUCCGGUGCGACAGAACAAUGAUCCGUUGCCGGGUCGCAUUCGUUACAGGGCCUUGGAUUACUCGGAGGUGGAGGUACCGUUCGGGGACAAGGAUCAAAAGGGUGACUUCACCCUGCGUCACGGCGAUUGGGUGCAGUUCCUGCUGGCCACCGAUCGUCGUGAUCAGCUGCAGCGGGCCACCUCGAUUGCCCUGUUGGACGAGACCUUUAAGGUUUCGGGAGAGAAGCGGGAGCAGGGCACUAUUGCCUCGCUCAAGGAGGGAUUCGGCUUUCUCCGAUGCGUGGAGCGUCAGCCACGACUCUUUUUCCACUUUACUGAAGUUCUCGAUACGAGCCGUGAAAUCGAUGUCAAUGAUGAGGUUGAAUUCACUGUCAUCCAGGAACCUGGAUUGGUCUACAACAACUCACGUUUGCAGGCCAUACGCAUAAAGCAUUUGCCGCCCAACUCUGUGCAAUUCGAAACUCUAAUGGCCAGCAACAUUGAGGGCUGCGUGACACGCGAGGCGCCCAAGAGCCCAAUCAAAUCUCAAGAUCGCGUCGAGGGCGGUGUGAUUACCUAUGAGCAUGCCGAUGCUAAAAAGACUAUAAUGUAUUUUCUUAAAGACUGUGAAAAACCACCAAGGAUUGGGGAGCGUGUACGCUUCGAUAUUUACAUAGUCAAACGUAACAAGGAGUGUAUUGCCGUUAAUGUGCAACAAAUUUCGAUGCAGCAACAGCAGCAGCAACAACAACAACAGCAGCAGCAGCAGCAACAGCUGUUGAAUCAACCGAAUGCCAGUGGUAACAUAAACCAAAACGAGCAGCUGUCGAAUGGAAUCAGCGGCAGCAGCUCCAACGCCUCGCUGCAGAAUGGCUAUGUGAUGCACGGCAGCCCCGGUGGCAGCACCAGCAGCAGCGUGGGCAGCAACAAUCCAUCCCAUUUGGACGAUUUCAAGCUGGAGAACAAUAACCAUGCCGGAUCCGAGAACGGCCAGGUUUACCGUGGCUUUAUAGCCGUUAUGAAGGAGAACUUUGGAUUCAUCGAGACCCUGUUGCACGACGAGGAGGUCUUCUUUCACUUUAGCAACUAUCAGGGCAAUCCCAAUUGGUUGGAGCUUGGCCAAGAGGUGGAGUACACUCUUGCCCGGAAUGGAAAUACAUCUGUUUCGGGUAAUUGCCUGCCCGCGGAGAAUGUCCGUAUGCUGCCCAAGAACUCUAUACCGCAGCCAGCGGUCCUGGAAACAGUGCACAAUGGCGUGGUGGCGCGUCCACUACGUUGCAUCAAUCCCGACCAGCAGGAGUAUGCCGGUCUUAUCGAAAUACUCGAUGAACAGCGCACCACCGUCAUCUCGCAGCACGAAUUCGGAAUCACUAGUCUGGUGAACAAGCGAGAUCUCCUCCAAAAGGGUGAUCUGGUUAGUUUCCGUAUCGAUGAGAGUGGACGGGCGGCCGGAGUGAAUGCAGUGCGUCAGAAGAAGCGCGCCACCGUGGACUCGAUCAAGGGCCAGUUUGGAUUCCUCAACUUUGAGGUGGAGGACGGCAAGAAGUUAUUCUUCCACAUGUCUGAGGUGCAGGGUAACACCGUUGCCUUACAUCCCGGCGAUACUGUAGAGUUCUCCGUGGUUACCAAUCAGCGUAAUGGAAAGUCUUCGGCUUGCAAUGUUCUGAAAAUAAACGAUCGUCCUGAUCGUCUGAUCUCGCGUCUCAAGCUCAACGGCGAUGACACUGUGCCGCGCCUAAUACUCAUUCGCGCACCCAAGGGACCGCAGGGCAAGGGCUUCUCCGUGCUAGCUCGGCACCCACGCAUUCCAGGAACCUUGGUGGAGUAGAUUGCUGAAAAAUGAUAAAUGUUGGAUAUUAGAGGCACAUCAAAGACAAUUACCUACAGCUACAGCUAUAAAUUUAAAUAUAUAUUCUUGUACGCGAGCCAUUAAAUAGCGAGCAGGCCAAGCAAACCAAUCAACCAACUAACACAGCAAUCCAAGCAACAUUUAUAACGAAUAUAAACCCUAGAAGCAUGCAACACACUAUUCGAAAAGAUCGUAAUUGAUAAUAGGAAGAAGACGUACAUUUAAUAAUUACAAAACUACUUAUCGGCAACAAGGAGAACUCUUCAUGUCUGAUGGAACGGAAACUUAUUUGUAAUACUACCAACUAACUCUAGCCCCUCCAAGCAUUGUAAGGCUUUGCUUUCUUUGCGAAUGGAAAUUGAAAUUCAAGUGUCUGAGAGAUGGAUGAAACCAAAACGUUUGUAUACGUAUACUAUUUUCUACUAGUUUUGCUUUAGUUAAUAUGAGAAUGAACAACAAAGAAAGCAAGCAAACAUGAUAUAAUCUAUGUAAAGUGAAGUAAUUAUUCUAGAAUGGCAACGAAGAAUCCUUGUUAGAAAUUGUAUAAAAAAAUAACAACUCUUUA